GGUGCACAUAUCACACUUUCACACGUUCAACAGUGCACUCCAGAAGUAGACAAACGGGAAAAUAAUUACAGCCGCUCUUCAGCAUGAAGCUGUCAGGAAUCACGCUUUUAGCACUCGCUGUGCUCGUGUCUCUAAUCUGUGUAAUGGAGGUAGAGACAGCUCCAGUAGUGGACAGCUGGGCAACAGGAAUCAUACACCGUGCCAAGCGUUCUUUACUUUGGCGCUGGAACACACUGAAACCAUUUGGUGCCGGAUGUAGAGAUAAUUACGAGUGUGGUACAAAUUACUGCAGGAAAAACAUCUGCACGUUCCAGCUCAAAUAUUCUUCAUCCUAACAAGAAUGAUUUGCACAAAAUUGAAAAGAACAUUCUGGGAAUGGAAAAAUGGACCUUUUUGUACAAUAACAACUCUAAUGAAAGAAAACUGAAGAAAAAAUUGACAAAAUAUUUGAAAUCUAAUUAAAGCACAGAAACAUUA